AGCUCGUGUAUUGGGAACAAUUUUCCCUCGCCGAAUCCAUGGAAGAACAUCUGAGUUAUAACAGCUCCAAUCCAUUAGGGUUUUGCCUCCUCCCAUCUGAGCUCAUACAAAGCAUCCUCCUGAACUUAGCUUUGCCAGAGAUCGUCGGUCUGAAGCUGGUGAACAAGACCCUCGCCACCGUAAUCUCUGACCAGACUUUCGUCCGCGAAUGCAAUACGAGAUCGAGCUCGGCUGCAUGGCUCUUCGUCUUCAAGAAGAGGUGGUCCAAGGAUGCGAUGCUCAUGGGCUUCACGGACCGGUCGGCGUCGAACCGCUGGUUCAAGAUUUCGAUCGCCAAGAUCUUGGAGCCCGUGGUUUCGCCGGGUGAGGUCUUUUAUUUCUUGACGGCUUCCGGGAACAUUUUCUUGUUUGCCUGCAAUAGAGACAAGGAAGUGAUGGCGGUCGAUUUGAUGGCCAAGACGGUCAAGAAAGUCCCGCCAAGCCCGUUGGGUCCACGGGGCACUUCUUCCUGGAGGAGGUCCGGGAUGAAGCUGGUUCCAGGCGGGCCUCCCGGGUCGGGUCGCUUCCGCUUCCUGUUCGCAGAGCUGGUGGAGGAUCGGCCUACUCUGUUUGUGUACGACUCGGAGACUGACGAUUGGAAGAGGAUGGAAGCGGAAGAGACCGAGGGCCGGUCGCGAAGUCGCGGCGAAGGACUCGACGGACGCAUCUUUCUUCAUCUGGUCAAUGGACCCGGGUCGAACGUGAUUAUAUCAUGUGGAUCCGAAAGCCUAAGCCCUUUAGUUCUGCGGCCCGGAUUCAGUGGGGGAGGCAAUCAAGGGCGGGAGCCGAACGGUAGACUUGGUUGGGAUUACUCGGCCAAUCUCAUACAUGUGUACGGCGAUGGCCACAUGAUGAUAGUGAAAUCGAGUGAUGGCGGCGCCGCACGUAAAAGGACGAGAUUUUUGGAGAGAAUUGAGAUAUGGGGCUCCAGCGAAGAUGGUAGAAACUGGGAAUUUGUGUCGGAAAUCCCAAGAAAUUUGGUCGGACAAAUUGAGAAGCCCUACGGGGUUUUGAUGGGCUGUUUGGAAGAAAGAGGAGGGAUCAUUAGGGCAUGCUUGGUGAGUAAUUGGGAAGGUGCGUGGGACAUGAUAUGGCUAUCUUAUGACAAAGCAAGGGGUCACUGGGCUUAUGUCCCAAUUCCUGAUUCCAAAAUGACGGGCUCGAACUUGGCAGGAAUUUCCUUUUCAACGGGCCUAAAUCUAUAAAAAAUGAAAUGCAUAGUUGCACAUCAAUUUAAACACCUGUACAGUUUGAAUAGUCUCGUAGCUGCAUGCCUUCAAUUUACACAAGUCGUCAGGUUAAUUGGAUGCACGGAAAGAUACCUAUGAUAUGACGACUCACGUGUAUUGAACCUAUAAGAAUCGGAUGUAUGAAUAGAAUUUUUCCGUCUUGACACGAAAAUUUAUGAAUGUUUAAGGCUUUUUAGUUUGUCCCUAGCACGGGGAUAGUGCUCCGCAUGUACAUCAACCAUCAGUAUGAUCUUCCUGUAGAACAAUUCCAAGUGAC